AUGGCUUCUUCGUCCUUUCGUGACUCAAUGAAUUCGCUGGGCUGGAGCCGUAGAGAGCCCGCCGCUAUACCUGCAACGACGUCCAACUCCUCCAAUCCACUUCUUGGCAAGCUGCAGUCGCUCAAUCCAUUUGGACAAGGGGGCUAUGUCAGACUGCCUCUGUACGAGAAUGAGGGGCCAGGUGCUCCUCUGCCCGCCCGCACCCGACGCGAAGAGGAAGAAGGGUGGUUUGCGCUUAGCCGUUGGGACCGCUUGCUCGUCUUUGGUGCCCUGAACCUCGCCGCGAUCGCUUUAUUUGUCGUAUGUUUCACUCUGAUGCCAGUCCUGACCCUGCGCCCCAGGAAAUUUGCAAUCCUAUGGUCCAUGGCUUCAGCUCUCUUCCUCACCUCCUGGGCCGUCAUGAUGGGCCCAUACACAUACAUCAAGCAUCUGCUUUCGACCGAGCGUUUGCCCUUCACUGGAACCUAUUUUGGAUCCAUCGCAUUGACCUUGUACUUUGCUCUCGGUCUCCGCAGCACUCUUCUGACCUUGAUAUCUUCCAUCAUACAACUUGUCUGCCUGGUGUGGUAUUUGGUAAGCUAUUUCCCGAUGGGCUCCACCGGCCUGCGCUUCGCCGCCAGGUUCGGAGGCAGCCGUAUAACCGCUUGGAUGAACGAGUAA